AUGCCUGACUUUCAUUCCCUGCCCGCUGGAACCCGGCCCAGCCAUGCCAUCCGCAACAAUGGCCCAGAUUCCUUGGUGCUCGAGCGUGCAAAGCUCCGAGAGCUUGCAGAAGGCUGGCCAUGCUACCGGGACGCUUGUGAAUGGGAAAACUUCGAGUCGAUAUUCCACGACGGGGCCCAAGUUUACACAACAUGGUCAGGCCGAGUUUCAUACAAAGAUUUCAUCGCAGCUUCCAAGGCCGGUAUGGAUAAGGGCGCUUUCAUCAUGCACCGUUGCCAUGGCGUAACAAGUGAUAUUACGCCUGAGGCGGAUCGGGCAGUUACCAAAAUGAAGGCGACUAUCACGCAACGCUUUACAAUUGAUGGAUGUGAAGUGGAUGCUGAGGCGGACUGUCGAUUUUGCUUCUUUUUCGAGAAGGUUGAUGGGCGAUGGGGUGCUCGGCUUGUUCGUCAUUGGUAUGAGAAGGACAAGCUUCUGCCGGUGAAUCCGAACAAGAUUCCUAAGAUCGAUGAGGCCAAAUUGAACUCAUAUGCUGAAGGGUAUAAGUGUUUGUCCUACUGUCAAGAGUUGACCAUGGGUGUUACUGUUCUGAAGGAUAUGCCUGGACACAGGAGACAUAUUGGAACUCAAAAUGGAGAAAAGCAUGAUCUACUUUACCAAUUGGCAAAGAAGUGGCUGGAUGGAGAAGAUAUCAAUGCCUAA